UGUUGGCUCUUCAUCAGUUGAACUCAGUUGCUUCGAACAGUUCUAUAGCAUCUUAUGCUUUGUUAAAUGAGGCAUUCCUGAAAAUUGCCAUGUUUAAUCCUAGAGGAAACAUGCAUCCAAGAACAAGGGGACCUAAUGUGCAUGGUCCAGUCUCACAUGGGCCUUUUCAGAGGCCUGGGCCUGGGCCUGGACCUAGAUGUGGACCGGGUGCUCUUCCAAGACAGCCCCCACCUGGUCCUACUCACAGAAUGCCCCAGAGAUUCAUGGGACCGGAAAUGAGGCCAGGAUUUCCAAGGUCAGAUGUUCAGAUCUCACAACACAGAAUGGAUCCAAGACAAGCAGGAGAGAGAAUGAAUAUGGAAAGGCAGCAGAAGGAAGAAGGAUGUGGCACCCAUUGGGAUAAUUCAUUUUCGCAUGGAGGCAGUAGCCAGAAUCAGCCUAAUUCUGGAAGGAUGGCAGAACAUACCCCACCUGUUCAGAGCCGUUAUACGAGUGAGAGUGCCUCAAGUAUCCUAGCAAGCUUUGGACUGUCUAAUGAAGACCUGGAGGAACUCAGCCGCUAUCCAGAUGACCAGCUAACUCCUGAAAACAUGCCUUUGAUUUUAAGGGACAUCCGAAUGCGCAAAGUGGCUCAUCAAUUGCCUAGCUUGCCUUCUCAGAGCAGAGAGAAGGAAGCCUUUUGCAGCAAUGAUGGCCGUGGUUCCAUGGUCAAAAGCAAGGUAAUUGAUUAUGGGCAUGAAAGCAAGUAUGUAUAUACUGACAGUCCCCUUGAAGUAAAAAUCUUUGAUUCAGAUGUGCCAGAUGAAGGGAGCACGAAAGGAUUUCAAGCCCAGCAGACUGCUUCUGUGUCUGCUGCACCCUCCACUGUGACCAGUAAACAGAUGAAUGCUGUUGAAGAACUCAUAAGGCAGAUGGGGUUCCAGAGAAGCACACCAAGUACUCCGUCUUUCCCCCCCAUGGAUACUUCCAACAAGGGGCCUGGACUGUCCCUUCCAUCAGCUGGAGCACCUCCAACCGCCCCACCCAUGAUUUCACCUGUAGUACCACCCAUACCUCCGCCCUCUAUACCACCUGCUGUCCAGCAAGCUUUGCCUCCAUCGUCCCCUGCUCCACCCGUAAUGCCAGCUAUGAACCAGCUACCACCACCUUUUAGACCUGAAAUACUUGGGGAUGUAAAUAGGAGUGAAAGGAUUCAUCAUGAAUCCAGGGCUCGUCCUCCUGGCACCCAACCUGAGCAUACCAGUGGUCAGAAAAAAUAUCAGAAAGAAGCUGAGAAUCCAAUUGAAUCUCCUUUCGGUGUCGUGAAAGCCUCUUGGCUUCCAGUUUUUUCACAGGCGGAUGCCCAGAAGAUGAAGAGGUUUCCGACUCCAUCUAUGAUGAAUGAUUAUUACGCCGCAUCUCCAAGGAUACUUCCACAUAUGUGUUCUCUUUGUAAUGUAGAAUGUAGACAUAUGAAGGAUUGGAUUGAGCAUCAGAACACUACCACUCAUCUAGAGAGCUGUCGACAGCUGUGCCAACAAUACCCUGACUGGAAUCCAGAAUCCCAUUGUGCUGCAGAAAGACGUAAAGGGGACAUAAAGGAGAACCACAGCCUCAGGCGGCGUUCUGCCAGUUAUAGCCCCAAACGAUCAGUACGCUCAAGCUCUGGCCAUGCUAGGUACCGCACCCGGUCACGAUCACGGAGCCCACGGUAUCACAGAACAAGUCGGCCGAGAAGUCAAAGUCGGCCAAGAAGCCGUAGUCCGAGAUGGAUCCCUGGUCCUCGAUACAGGUCCAGGUCUCCGUGGCGACCUCAUCACCCCAGGUUGUACUUUCCUAGAUCUUCCAGCAGAGAGAGGCGGUCAGGAAAAUCUCGAUCUCCAGAUUCAGUUGUGCUGGAACGUUUCGGACCGCAAUUUUUGGAACGGUACGACAUACAGAAGUCUUCCCACACCUCCAGCCGAGAGAGAUUGGCAACAAAGAAAGCAUUGCCUGAGCAAGGGAAGACUUCUGGGAGCGGACGAAAGACCUCCAAGAGCCCCCCUGCGCCUUCUAAAAGGGGAACAUCUUCUCAUCAUGGCUCCUCUGGAGCGAAAGCGAAGCUGCCGCCUGAGACAACAGAUGGCUCCAGUAAAGGAGGAGUUGUUGCUGAAGGGAAAACUAAGAAGCCAGCUUCAGGAUCAUCAGCGACAGAAACAGAAGGUUUCGUCCCAUCGCCUUACAGUAGGCUUCUGUCAAGCAAAGCCUGGAGUUGUGGCACAGUUCUUCGAAUAUCUGAUUUACCAGACGAUGGCUAUAAUCAACAAGAUAUUAAAAAACUUGUUCAGCCCUUUGGAAAAGUUAGUGAUAUCGUUGUGCUUCGUACUAGGAAAGUGGCCUACCUCGUAAUGAAUUACAAAGAGGCUGUAAUAGCAGCUGUGAAGUAUGGUGAAACAGUGCCGGUGUUGCUCAACAAAAAGCGUGUGAAAAUAAGUGUAGCAGAAAAGCCGAAAGCGCAUCCAACCGAGACCCAGGGGAGUGAGAAGAAGGUGCAAAGUGUCAAGAAAUCUCAUUCGAGUACAAAGAAAGAACAAGCUAAACCUCCAUCAAAAUCUGCCAAAGCAUCUACAUCAACAACCUCUGCUUCAAAAUCUAAUGUUAACAAGCCUGCAAAAGCUGAGAAAGUCGAGAAAGCAAAGAGUAAGGUUGUGGAUCAAAAGAAGUCUGGGACGUCCAAGACAACUGUAAAAGCGAAGAAGCCUGCUGCUGAUUCUAAGAAGUCUGAUGGGGGGGAGAAGGCUUCAAAGAGCAAGAAGACCACAGAACCUAAGAAAGUGGCAGAACCUGGCCCACCCACCGACAAGCCAGCAGCUGUGCCAGAUAAAAAAGAGAUGGUUAAGAGCACAGAAGCAGGAGAAUCAGUCGUUAAGGAGCCGGAAGAGAUGUGUGUGGUGGUUAUUUCUAGCCUGCCCGAGGCAGGGCUUACUCAAGACGAGAUUUUCAACCUUGCCAAGCCAUUUGGGAAAGUGAAAGAUUUCUUAUUUGUGUCUUCGCAUAAGAAGGCAUACAUAGAAAUAAGUCGCAAAUCUGCAGACUCUAUGGUGAAAUUUUAUACCUGUUUUCCAAUGUGGGUGGAGAAGAACCAGCUCUGCAUUACAUUGGCGCCUGAAUUCAAGGAUCUCCGAGAUGAGGAGGCUAUAUUCAUUGCUAUGAUUAAAGAUGCCAAUCCUAACGUAAACACAGAAAAUCUUUAUACACAGUUUGUGCAUCUGGGCAAUUUGCCAGAUGGGGGAUACUCUGAACUGGAAAUACUUUGCGUUGGACUUCGAUUUGGUCGAGUUGAUCACUACAUGGUGAUAACGAAUAAGAACAAGGCUCUUCUUCAGCUUGAUAGUUCUGAGUCGGCUGCAUCCAUGUGCCGCUUCCUCAAAAGGUAUCCUUACAGUUUGGGGGAGUCACAGCUGACCUUCUCGCGAUCACCAAAAAUCGAAUCUCUCCCGGCUGAAGCCAUGAAAAAGGAGGUGAGGAAGCAAGAACUGAGCAAGGACAGCCCUGACUUGAAAACAAUUCCCGAAGGAUCAGGAGUGGUGCAUCCAUCUACCGUUCCUUCACCAAAGGCCACCGAGGCCAAGAAAGAACCCAGUUCUAACUUGAAGACUGACUUUCCAGAACCGAAAACUGAACAGUCGGCAGAAGUGAAGACGGAGGGCGACACUGAAAAAGAGGCAUGUGAAGCAGCUUCAAAACCAGUGAAGAGUGAAAUGUCAGAAGAGGACGUUGGAACUGGAGUAGCAGCUGUUCCUCCUGCCCCAGUUGAUUUGCAGUCACCUGGACUAAAGUUGGAGGAAACCCUUGCGGCGUCUUCUAGUGUGGAGGAGGAAAAGAAAGCCACAGGUAACUCCAGCACUGAAUUGUCGGGACAUACAUCACCAUCUGUAGGAAGGAACCCAAGUGACAAGUUGGCCACUCCUGGUAAAACCACAGAAGAAUUGCAAAGUCUGUCUGAAAAAGAGGUAGGGUCGGACUCUGCUGGGAUAGUGGAAGCAGAAGAUAUGGCUGCUGAUGCUCUCAAGACAGUUCCACAAGUCUCCACAGGACCUUCAGGAGAAGAGGAAGUGUCAGGUGUUAGCCUACUGUUGGGUAACAAGCUGCUAACUCCAGAAGCAGAUAGCACAGAAGCGACAGCAAAUUUGUUGGAGAAAUCUGGUCCUAAGGUAGAAGUGAUGGCAGAUAAGGAAUCUGAUAUCUCGUGUUCCACAACCGAACUAAGCAUGGAGGUGGAGCCUGAAACAGUCGUGGAGAAGUAUAAGGAACUCGCAGAGAAGUCUGAACUAGCUGCAGCUGCAGAAGGAACUGCAGAGAAGCAGCCUGGAGAUCUGGUACCAAACGAUGGAGCAGUUAAGGUGGGAAACCUUGAGAAGCACGUGGAUGAAGAGGAUCCUGAGCAAAUGUUGUCUAAAACACAGCCAAGUAAAGAACCGGGACAAGUCAAAACGAAUGAAUCCUGCAAAACUGGAACCCUUGCAGCCACAUCAGCACCCGGCGCGCAGGCCGAUUCUGCUGGUAAGACUCCGAUAGCCGUAUCCCACACGUCAAAGACGAAAGCUACGACACGAAGAAAAGAAGGACAGAAGCCUGCCCUGGAGGCAUCAACAAGGAGCAGAGUGGGUGCUGAGAAGAAACCCGUCUUAAAAGAAAGGAGUCAGGACAGACCUAUGAGCAGCAAAUUAGAUUUGUCAGAGAGUGGCAGAUCUAAAUUGAACCCAAGUUCUCUUGCUGUUGAGUUAGGCAGUGGGAAGAGUUCGUCGCAGCAGAACAGAGACCCCCAAGUGGAAACUAAGGGUAGCCUAAAGCAGACGCGAGAGCGAGAGAAUAGAUCAUCCAGCCUGAAGCGAGACAACAGCAGUACUAAGGUAUCUACUGGAAGAAGUAGUAGGCGUGUUAGAAGCAGCGCAAAAACGGAAGAGGAAGAAGAGCUUUCUCCAUUUAACUUGGAUGAGUUUGUUACGAUGGACGAAGUUGUAGAUGAAGCAGAUUCUCCCUCUCCAUCCAGAAGGAAUCCUGUGAGGGGCAAAAGGAAGGACCCCCCAAGAAAAAAUCUUCCUUACGAACCCAGCUCUAAAAGGAAGAAGGGGAAGGUCUCUGCGGCACAUGCUGCCAAGAGCGAGACCUCCUUCGUCACGCUGGACGAGAUUGGAGAAGAUGAGGACGGGGUGGCCCAGGUGGAACUCGCAAGCUUGGAAGCCAUACCAGAUCCCCAGGUGCUGGUCACGGUGGAUGAAGUGAAUGAUGAGGAAGAGCUGAUGGAGGAUGUCAUCAAAGAUCCACAGUCCCUCGUGACUCUGGAUGAGAUCUCCGAACAGGAGGAACCGGCUGUGCCACCUGACUCUGCGAAAGAUGCCUUCGCUUUGGGAGACCAGGAGCCAGACCUUAAAGCAGAGCCUUUAGUCACUGUGGAUGAAAUCGGAGAAAUUGAAGAGCUGCCUUUAGACGAGCCCUCUCCUUUCAAGGACAAAGAGGAUGCAAAGCCCCAGGAAUGCGAGAAGCAGAUAGCGGAAGACCCUGGAGACGUCUUCGCUUCCCAGAUGCCAGACGACCCUAGUGCUCUGGUCACCGUGGAUGAGAUCCACGAGGAUAGUGAUGACCAGCCCUUAGUGACUUUGGAUGAAGUGACAGAAGAUGAUGAAGAUUUCCUGGAAGACUUCAAUCGCCUGAAAGAGGAGCUUAAUUUUGUUACCGUUGAUGAAGUUGGCAGUGGAGAGGAGGAGGAAAAAAAAGAUGACAUUUCUGCCAGCCCAGUUGUAGAAGAGCCUGUUACCAAAAUAGCACAGAAAGAAGAGACCACCGUUUCAGUUGCUGAAGAGGAGGCUGAACCGUCUUCUGAAUUGGAAGAAAUUGGAAUUUGUGCUGAUAACUCAAAAGAAGAGAGCGUGAGCAUUAGGGACGAACUCUGUGAAGGACACGUGGGGGCUGAGGCUGAGACAGAGGGCCCUGAAAAAGAGGGUUGCGCAGCAGAGGCAGGCAGGCAGGAAGAUGACCUAGAAGUUAAAGAGAAGGAAGAAGGAGGAGAAGAUGUAGAGGGCUCAGGCGAGACCAUUGAAGCACACCCCGGUCGUGAGCAGCUCUUGACAGAGCCAAGGACCUGUGAAGAGAGCGCUGAGGCCAAAGCCACUGAAAUGGAAGCCGAGGAAGCCUCCGAAUCCCCUUGUGAGGAGAAGGAACCAGGGGCUGACCUGCUGCUGCUUUCCGCAGACCUAGAUGCUUCCGCAGGGGGCGUGGAGACGGCAGGAGCUGAGGAACGGAAUGCUGCAGGAAGUGAACUGCCUCCCAAGAGCCCUGGGCAGCCUCCCGAGGAGAAUUUGAAGAGCUGCAGUGAGGCAGCGACACCUUCACAGCCCUCUGAAAAACCCAAAAAAGAUACGACUGAGUCAGAAGGUGAAGGGCCAGAGUCCAAACGGAAGAAAAUCGAUUCUGCAGAGAAAGGCGAGACCCCAAGCUCCCUGAAAGAUUUAGACUUCCUUGUUCCAAGGGCUGGCUAUUUCUGUCAGAUCUGCUCCUCCUUCUGUGUGGAUGAAGCAUCAAUGAAAACCCACUGUCAGUCUGAGCUCCACAAGCAAAAUAUGGAGAAAUUUAUGGUCAAGAAUGCAGCACAAGAAGAACAGAAGGGAGUGAAAGAAGGUGGUGAAGAAGAAGAGAGUUCAGCAUGAUGCCAGAAUGUGAAGCGCCUCUGCAGAUUUUACUAAGGGUCCAGUCAGUUCUUUGUAUUAUGCUUUUGCUAUCCUUUUGUUUCUUUGCAGAUGUUUGUGUUGUAUGCACUUCUGUUAACUGUAGAUCAAAAAUGGUGCAAAGAAUGCAGUUGUUUUUUGUUGCUCUUUGCAAUUGUGCGGGAAGUAUUUUGAAUAAAUGUUCUUAUUGUAUAGUCA